UGGGGCCGCCCAUCCGUGCCCCGGGGYGGGGCGGUGGCGGCGGCGGCCAUGGCCUGGGGGCGGCGGCGGCCCGGAGCGCUGGCGGAGCCGCGGCGGCUGAUGCGCUCGGGGCUGGGGCUGAUCGUGCUGGGCCACGGCAGCCUCGUGCUGGGCGCCAUCGURCACGGCUCCGUCCUGCGCCACGUGGCCGGCGCCCGUCGCGCCGUCACCCCCGAGUACGCGGCGGCCAACGUGGUGUCGGUGUGCUCGGGGCUGCUGAGCAUCGCCGCGGGCAUCGUCGCCAUCCUGGUGUCGCACAACCUGACCCGAGCGGCUCUGCACUGGACCCUGCUGAGCGUAUCCCUGCUGAACUGCCUCCUGUCCACUGCGUGCAGCGUGGGGCUGGCACUGGCCGUGGCCCUCACGGUGCACAGCCGCGGCACACACCUGGUCAGGGGCUGCAACAGCUCUGCGCUGCCUGUGGAUGCCCGUGCAGCCAUUGCCACUAACGACUGUCCCUUUAACACCACACGCAUCUAUGACACAGCUCUGGCUCUCUGGUUCCCCUCCUUGCUGCUGGCAGCCGCAGAAGCUGUGCUCUCRGGCAGGUGCUGUUUGGUGGCUCUGGUCUUCCAGGGCAUCGGGCCCUGUGCACACAGCUAUGGCAAAGAGCAGCUGGCCAGGCCAGGUACAACGAUGGAGAAGCCACCCCGUGAGAGGCAGCAGCUCCUGACAGGACUUGCUGAGUUUCACGCAUAACUGGAGAGAUGGUGCUGUGGGAGUGCUGUGAUCCAGCAAGGAGGUGUCACCCCUACUGCAAUGUUGGUGUGCCUAAGGUGGGCUGCAGGUGUGGGGGCUCCCAGCUCCACCACCCCCACCUGGGACAGACCCUGCAAGCCAGCAGGUGCCAUGGGCCCCAGAUCCUCUCCCCUCCUCUCCAGGCCCUUCCUGCUGAAGGCUCUGCUGGUUUCUGUCCAGUCAUGGGGGUGGGCAGAGGUGCUGGGGGCAUUGCAGGCAUGUCAGCUGGCUGUGCCUGUGCUCCAGCAUUUCAGGGAACAGAAGGUGAAGAAUCCCUGUGGUGUGAACCUCUAGUUUUUUUUUUGAAUAAAUAAACUUUUCCCUUUCACA